CCGUCGGUCGCGCCCGCGCCGGCGGCCAGGGCGGGCCGCUGCGGCGCUGCACCGCGGUCGCCACGCCGCGGCGGUGCCACCCGCCUGCGGCCAGGCUCCAUCAGGCGACCUCGACGGCGGCCCAUCCGAUCCCCAGCGCAAGCGCAAGGGACGGAAAGCACUAG